CGAACGGUUGAUAAGUUACCCACAGUAAGUCACAUGCGUACCGAACAUUCGUAUACGCACUGUUUCAAUAAUUCAAUAUAGAAUAUACGUAUAUAGAUAAUUCUUAUAUCUAUAGAAAACGGGAGAUAAAGACACGCGAUGCACCGAGCACGAUUAACGGAAUACAAGUCUAACGAUUUAGUUCGAUCCUCCGAAUCGAUUUGUACGUUUCUGUUGACGUGGUGUUACAUGUACUGUGUUGUGUCAAAUCUCGUCCGUCUCAGCCUUACGGGUUCGAAAGUCCAAGCCGAGGAUGUUCACGCGAGGGAAAAGGUUAUCGGAUAACACGAGUCGCGAAUUGUCCGGGCCGGGAAGGUCCUGGGAGCAAUGGAUCGAAACGGGCAAAGAUUAUCUAUUUGUUUUCUGGGGGUUAACUCUGCACUUGGUCCUGCUGUGGGGUGUGCUGGACGUCAACUUUCAUUCGCCUGUUAUUAGAGGAUUGCCCAUUGUACCGGCGCCCAGCGGACCACCGGCCAAAAGACUGCUCCUCUUCGUGGCGGACGGCCUGAGGUUUCAGACGUUCAUAGAGAAGCCACCGCCUUAUCUCAGGGAUACGAUGAAGAACAGGGGCGUUUGGGGCAUAUCUCACACGCGAGUGCCCACCGAGUCCAGGCCGGGGCACGUCGCGAUGGCCGCGGGACUGUACGAGGAUCCCAGUGCCAUUUUCAAAGGGUGGCGGGAGAAUCCGGUGGACUUUGACUCCGUCUUCAAUCAGAGCCACGCGGCCUGGACUUGGGGCAGUCCGGACAUAAUACCGCUGUUCACGAAAGGUAGCAAACAGAACGUCCACGGGCGAAGCUAUCCGUCGGCGUGGCAGGACUUCGACGCCAACCUUAGUAACGAGACGACGCGGCUGGACUCCUGGGUGUUCGACGCCUACCUGGAAUGGCUGCGAACCUCGGCGGCCGAGGCGGCGAAGAGUCAGAACGGAGUCAUUCUGUUCUUUCACCUGCUGGGAUGCGACACUCUGGGACACGCUAAGAAGCCACAUUCCAGAGAGUACGUGGAAAAUAUGAACUACGUCGAUCGGAGGAUCGAAGAGGCUGUGAACGUGACGGAACGCUUUUUUGGGAACGACACCGCUUACAUAUUCACGUCCGACCACGGAAUGACCGAUUGGGGCUCCCACGGAAGCGGUUUGCCCACCGAAACUGAAACGCCUUUGAUCGUUUGGGGAGCAGGGAUAAAAUCGUCCGGCUUUCGUCAAGACAUCGAGCAAGCGAGUAUAGCUCCCCUGAUAGCAUCUCUAAUAGGAAUUCCUAUUCCUAUAAAUAACGAAGGUGCAUUACCGUGGCAGUAUUUCGAUAUGAAUUAUCACGAUUAUGUCGCACGUUCUUUACUCAGCAACGUGAAACAGCUUGCGCAUCAAGUGACCGGCAAUCGUGCGGUAAAUUGUGAAAAUAUGGAACAUACCGACUGGCGGGAGACACAGAUAAAAGAGCAAAUUCGCAAAGCCGAACAGCAUCUCGGUAGAAGGAAUGUGAUGGCGGGAAUUCGAGUGGGCAAUGACGCAAUUAGUUUCAGCAAGGAAGCCUUGUCGUAUUUCAGGCAGUAUCAACGAGUACGAUUUUUAAUAUGCUUAUCGAUAAUGUGGCUUGGCUGGAUAAUUAUGUUAUUUUUUAAAAUAACUGGAGUAGUAAGGCGCCAGAGUGUGCGAGUUUUUCUACUGCGAUUAAUGAACGUCGGGUUUCCAAGUCUACUCGUAAUAACAUUGAUUAGGCAUUUAAUAUCCAAUUGCCACAGCUGGAGAUUACCAUACUAUGCGUCCUUCGCUAUAAUAUCUGCAUGGCUUGCCAUUACUACUUUACUGACAUCGACGCCAGUAUUUGUAGACAGAAGCACGACGGAGCUGUUCAUAGACAUUGGAGGCACGCUGUUAUUACUAGUGAUGCUAUUUGUUGGAUUAACAUAUAGAUUCGCUCUUAGCGUAGGAAUACUGUUACUCUUAUUGAUACGGGUAGCAAAAUCGGAUGACGUAACAGCUUCUAUGACUUGGUCGACGCUAGCACUGUGCGUGUUUCCAUUACUGCCUGUCGUGGAGCCAUAUCCACGCGUUUAUAUUGUGAUAAUUGGCGUGUGUAUAGCAAUAGCGGUAGUGAUUAUUAAUGAGAUGUCACGAAGUCUGAAAAUAAUGGAAAUUCUACGUUUAGUCAUUACAAGUUUUGUGUGUAUGGAGUUUAUUGAUGGUCGGCAUUGGAUAUCGUGGAUUAUCCUGCUGACUACACCAUUGUGCAUUUGGUUCCAUCCAAUAGAGACUAAGAAAAGAACGCUAGGCAUAAUGUUCGGACUUCUCUGUCCUCUUACAUUAUUGUCGUCGUCCUACGAGCCGAUUUUCUUCAUGACUCUUACAAUCAAUCUACUUUGUUGGUUGCAAGAUGCCUCACCUACCUCAAAUAGCUCAAGAGAACGAAAGGUCACGGAAGACUUGAUUAAGGCGGCAUUUUUUAUGCUGUAUGUGCUACUGUGCUUCUUCGGCACGGGGAAUAUGGCGAGCAUCAGUUCGUUCGAUCCGUCCUGGACGCGCCACUUUGUCACCGUUUUCUCCCCCUUUUUAAUGACGUCCCUGAUACUCCUCAAACUUAGCAUCCCCUUGAUAUUGGUGGGAUGCGUGAGCUAUUCUCUAGAGUCGGAGGAGUGUACGAAGCCCAUCUCUUUGGCUGUCCUCUUUUUAGGCGAUUGUCUGUCACUGCCUUUAAUGUAUUGUGUCACGCCGCAUGGGAGUUGGCUCGAUAUCGGUAGCGCUAUCAGUAAGUUCAUUAUUGCUAUCUCUCUACCCUGUCUCUUUGUAUUGUUACGAUGUCUUUCGCGCCCGCUUAUGAAACUAGGUUUGGAACGAUGGCAGAUCGGCCUACUAUCUCGAAAGAAGCAUAUCGUGUAGGUUCCUUUUUUUUUACAUAUAAUUAUGAAUUCGUUCACACAAGUAACUAUUUUGAAACAUCUGUCUAUAUAUGUGUUUGUUACUGUCAUUACAUUGGAAUAUUUAGUAUUUAUUAUAUAAGUAUUGAACUAAAGAAUCGAACAAUUACUCUGUGUGUGUGUCUGUGUAUGUAUAUAUUCGACUGAAGUCUACAUUCUCUUUGUAAUCUGUUUGUAUUACAUAAAAAUAGACAAUUAUAUUUAUUGGAAGAUA